ACCAGUAGAAGAGAUGAAAGUAGAACUGCUGAGAUGAAAUCUGUAUUUUGGAUGGUGGUGGUUUUGGGGGUUGCCUUAAUAAUUCACGAAGCUGGAGCUGAUGAAGAAUGCAGCACAGUGACAGCACUGGUAUCAGCAUGUGCCAGCUUCGUGAACUAUGGCACACCAGAUCCAAUUCCAGGUGCACCAUGCUGCGUUGCUAUGACUACCCUAAGCACCGUAGCUAGCUCCACUGGCAUUGAGACUCGACAGUCUGUCUGCAGAUGCAUGAUGGACCUUAUUACUACUUACAACCCAAAUGCUACUGCCAUUGCCACACUGCCUGGUUUCUGUGGUGUUUCUCUUGGUUUCACCAUUGACCCUAACACUGAUUGUGAAUACGUCUAGUGACAAAUUGGUGUCUGGAAAGUGAUGCUGAAGAAAGAACACUUACUUCCACUCUAGUCAAGAAGAGCAGCCUUACUAGAACAGUUUGUAUUUUGUUUUAAAUAUGUUUGUCCAAAUGGAAACUAAACCAAGACUAGUCUUUACUUCCUUUGAUGACUAGCAUGAUGUGAAUAAUACUUGAGAUUGCUCCA